UGUUGUGGUUAUGGCUGUCUGCGAGGCGCAGUGGCAUCAGUCAGCCAGCAGGAGGUGCUGUGAGCUCUGCGCUGCUGUAUUUCCAUCUGACGAUCAUCAAACCGCAGAAGAAGCGUCAGAUUCACAACACUUAGCGCGAUGGAGUCCAGCGAUGCAGCUCGUGGAGGAUGGAAAACCCACCAGAAGCUGAAGGUGAUCAUGAAGCAGGAGGAGCUGAUCGCUCAGAAGAAGAGAGAGAUCGAGGCCAGACUCAGAGAUCAGGCCCAGCAGAACCACAAACACCAGCAGAACCACAAACACAACCUCAACCAGAACCAGAACAAAACCAGCAGCUCUCCUCCUCCAGAUGCUCCUUCAUCAUCAUCAUCUUCUUCUUCUUCAUCUAAUAAGUUUGUGAAUGACGGCAGUUUCCUGCAGCAGUUUCUGAAGUUGCAGAGAGAGAAGAGCAGCACUGAUGAAGGACCCGUCAGCCCCGCCCCCUGUGCUCAGAGCCAGUCAGCAGGCGGAGCACAGAAGCGCAGUAUUCUGAUUGGCAAGCGUCCGGGUCUGGGCGUCAGCAGCAUGAUCAACCAGUUCAAGAACUACUCGCAGACCAAGAAGAGCACAUUACCUGCAGCCCGACCCAGUGUGUUCAGCUCACCUGACGAUGAGGACGAGGACGAGGACGACACACACUUCCUGGAGAUCAAAGUCUCUCCCCCAGAGGACGCAGAUCAGCGGCUCAUCAUCCAGAAGAUGGCGGCGUUCAUUGCUGAGGGCGGUGUGGAGCUACAGAAGAAGGCCAUGCAGGAUUACAGGGACGACCCCACAUUCUCGUUCCUGUUUGACAAGGGCAGUAAAGAGCAUCUGUACUACAGGAAGAGGCUGGCGGAGCUCAGGAGAGAACAGUCUGCACAGUCUGAUGUCUCCUCCUCAGUGGACGACAGCACACGGCGGGUGGCAGAGAGACUGGCACGCUUCGUGGCGGAUGGAGGCCCGGAGGUGGAGAUCAUGGCAGCGGAACACAACCGAGACAACCCUGCCUUCAGUUUCCUGUAUGAUUAUCAGAGCGCGGCUCAUCAGUUCUAUAAGGCUAAAGUGGACGAGUUCCGCCAGAGCAGCAGCAGCAGUGUUAAUGAGACGCAGCCGACCGCAGCCAAGAGGAAGAGGAAGAGCCGCUGGGGGGCCGAAGAUGAUAAAGUCCAGCUGCCCCCACCUGCUGUACACGCAAUCACACCUGUGGAGCCCGCGGGGGAGACCAGCACUGCAGCACUCUCUGUUCAGGAGCUGAGCAGUCUGGGAUAUAAGAAGGGGAAGCCGGUGGGUCUGGUGGGCGUGACGGAGCUGUCAGAUGACCAGAAGAAACAACUCAAAGAACAACAGGAGAUGCAGGAGAUGUACGACAUGAUCAUGAAGCACAAGCGGGCGAUGCAGGACAUGCAGCUGAUCUGGGAGAAGGCCAUCCAGAACCACCAGCACGAGUACGACAGCGAUGAGGAGGUGGACGCAGACGACGGCACCUGGGAGCACCGACUGCGGCAGAUGGAGAUGGAGAAGACCAGAGAGUGGGCGGAGCAGCUGACGGAGAUGGGCAAAGGGAAGCACUUCAUCGGGGACUUCCUGCCGCCAGACGAGCUGGAGAAGUUCAUGGAGACCUUUAAAGCCCUGAAGGAGGGCAGAGAUCCGGAUUACUCCGAGUAUAAGGAGUUCAAGCUGACGGUGGAGAACAUCGGCUUCCAGAUGCUGAUGAAGAUGGGCUGGAAAGAAGGAGACGGACUGGGCUCAGACGGACAGGGCAUCAAAGCCCCCGUCAACAGGGGCUCGACAGCAGUGGACGGCGCAGGCUUCGGUGUGGACAGACCUGCUGAGCUCUCCAAGAGUGAUGAUGAGUAUGAUGCCUUCAGGAAGAGGAUGAUGCUGGCGUACAGAUUUAGACCAAACCCACUGAACAAUCCCAGAAGGCCGUACUACUGAACACUCCAGCGCAGGAGUCCUCCUCCUCCUCCUCCUCCUCCUCCUCCUCCUCCUCCUCAUCAUUACAGUAAUGAGCUGUAUCUGAGAGAGUAAUCCCCCCUCUCCCCCCGCCAGUGGAUCAGCACAGCCCGGUUCUGUUUCUGUCAUAUUCUGAUGAUUGUCUGACGUUUAUUUUAGACUGUAAACCUGCUGGAGUCUGUCCUGUCUGCUGUGUGUUCAUCUGAACGUCAGGCUGGAGUUACUCACACACACACACACACACACACACACACUUGAUGUUGAGCUGUUUUCAAUGCUCUGAUUCAACACCACACCUUCAGUGACCAUAAUAAACUCUAAUACACAGA